GGCUCUGGAAGAGGUUGUGUAUCCGGCCUCAAAAAAGUUCUUGAUUUAAGUUUAGAAAGUUGUAGGAUGGAGCUAGCAGGUGGGGGGUUUGAUGCCCGACAUAGUGAACAUGUUAAUAAUACAGAGGUUCUCUUGGCACUUCUCACUCAAAACAAAGAAUUAGAAGCAACGAUCCCUAAAUGUGGAUCAUGCGGCGGGAUGAUCCUGGAUCGGUUUAUUCUCCGGGUGGUGGAUCAACCAUGGCAUGCAAAAUGUUUGUCAUGCGCUGCAUGCCGUCAGCCUCUCAGGGAGAAAUGUUUUGUUAAGAACGGAGAAGUUUACUGCAGAGAAGAUUUCUUUAGAAAGUACGGAACUAAAUGCUCCGGGUGCGGAGAAGGUAUACCUCCUAGUACUGUAGUACGGAGAGCCCAAGAUCAUGUUUACCACGUGGAAUGUUUUGGUUGUGUACUUUGCUCCCGGAAACUGGAUACAGGAGAUGAAUUCUAUCUGAUGGAGGACAAGAAACUACUCUGUAAAGUUGAUUAUGACAGUGCAAAGGCAAAAGGUAAUCCAGCUGCUGAUUACAAUGAGGGGGCUGAUGGGAAUAAAAGACCUAGAACAACAAUAACUGCUCGUCAAAUGGAAGUUCUAAAGAAUGCCUACAAAACCAGUCCCAAACCGGCCAGACAUGUGAGAGAACAGCUUGCAGCGGAUACUGGAUUGGAUAUGAGGGUGGUUCAAGUCUGGUUUCAAAAUAGACGCGCCAAGGAGAAAAGAUUAAAGAAGGAUGCUGGUAGAGCUAGAUGGGGCCAAUAUUUCAGAGGAAUGAAGAGUCCAUUGUCUCCGGGUCGGGAGAAGAGAGGAGGAACGGAUAGUGAUAGAGACAGCGAGCUGGAGUUAGAUUAUUCACAAUGCACAAUGGACAGUAAUGAUAGUUUCUCUGUUGUCGUUGAACCCGGAGAACUCGGAUACCCGGGACUUGGUCCUCUCCAUCCUCAUCCUGGUCUUCAGUUUCAAGAUCAGUUCGAUCAUUCUCUUCUUCCUCAUCAUCCUCCCUUUCCUCCUUGUGGUAUGGAGGAGAAUGGAGAUUAUGAUCCACCCUCUCCGGAUUCCUGGGUGGGAGAAGCUCCGCCACAUUUCCCUCCUUAAUCUCAAUCCUGGAUUGGAAAAACUCCACCAUAUUUGUCUCCCUAAUAAAGAAUAUACAUUUACUACCAGAUAACCCUGUUUAUACAAAUAUAAACACAACUGCAUCAGAUUAAACUUCUACCGUGAUAGUUUGAAGUAUCAAGAUGAUGGAACGGAAUUCUAUAAAAUAUCUAAACACAAAUCUUGAAAGGAUUGUAUUGUAGAAAAUCCCUUUAAAACAGUAUAGAAUUCAUAAAUGCUUUUUUUAAAGGUGUUUAUACGAAACUUAUGAAUGUUGUCGCAGGGUUUCUAAGGAACCCUGUUUGUAAAACGUCACAAUAUUUAUUUGAUAAUUCAAAACUAAUUAUGCAGACGUAUAUAUAUUAUUUAAACCUGUGAAAAGUGUAAUCCUGGUUUCUAUAUUAUCACCCUGUAAGGAAAACUACUGAAGUCAGAGAAGUGGAAAACUAAAACCAAAAUUUAUAUAUAACGUUUUUCUGUGUUCAAAAUAGUGCUUGAAUAUUUAUAUGUAACCUUGUUCAAACCAAUUCUUGAAAACUGUAAAAUAAAAUAUAUAAUAAAUAUGUCCAAGAUCGAAA